UCAACCAAUCACAGCUUGACAAGUCCUAAAUACGGAAGUUUGUGCAGACAUAUGAUUGGUCAAACAAGAAUGUGUGUGUGGUUACCCCGGAAGUCGGAAUCUAAUAUGACAAAAAUAUAUUUGAUCAUCCUGUAUUAAUUUAGCAGUAAUUAAGUCAAAAGGAAUAAAAUAGACACGCUUUCUCCGCAGCAAAGCCGUUCAGAAGGAACGUUUUAUAACAAUAUUCGUAGUUUUUGUCAAAAGAGGAACUUUGGUAAGGAUAUAAAAGCGUCUAUCAAUAUAAUACAAAAAAGAAUAAAACAACAUAGAUCUAAAAUCAAACAAAGAAAAGUUAAACUAACAUCCAACAUAUAAAGUGAACUCUCAAAGAUAACUAAAAUAAGUAUAUCAGCAGACCAAAUGUUAAAAAUGUAUAUUUUAACUAUCUUACAGUGAUAAGAUUAGAACCAUAGUUUAUCGAUCAGAUAGCUAAACCCAGAGCCAUAUAAUAGAUUCUCUCUAUAUGGCGCUGGCUAAACCUAAUUUAAAAAAUAAAUAGAACAUUCAAAAUAGACCAAUUUAAGUUAAGUUUAGUUUCAGAAAUUAUUGUGUGUUGGAAUUAUGAAUGUUGGUUAAUGUGUAGGCCUAUGUAGGCUACCAUAGGUAUGUACAUAUACAUUCGAAAGUGGGUAGACGGAUUUUAGAGGGGACAGUGAACGCACCUGAGGCUGGUCAGACUGGCCAGGUGAGUUUCCACGCGGUGAUCUGGGAUCAGUUUUCCCCCACGCUAAUUAACCCGGGUUAGCCCGGAGCUCAUUGAUUUCUGAUCUGAGAUCAGUGUGAGAGUGUUGGCGAACAAAGGAGGGGGCAGUAGUACCUGUUUCACUGAGAGAAAUACACAAGGAGUUAUCGCAAGCGAGCUGUUCCAGGUCCAGAUGUCUGCAGGAGGAGUCGGUUCUGUGUCCAGGUUCGACCGGCUGCGGGACAUCCCACACUAUGACCAGGUCCCUGUGGGCUCAUUAUGGCAUGACCUGGAUCUUCCACCCCCCCCGGCACCCUUGCAUGGAACAGUACCAGCAGUGAGCUUAGACCCACUUCCCCCUCCCCCGCUACCUGAACAGCCAGCUGUUGGGCUAGAAUCUUUCCCCCCCCCUUACCAUGAUGAGCCAAUGGAGGAUGACUGUGAUGCCAUGGAUAUGAAGCCGGUUCGCCGCUUCGUUCCUGACUCGGUCAAGAAUUUCUUCCGUGGCAACAGCGGGAAUGGUGACGGCAUGGGUUGGGUCCUACCCCCUCCUUCACAACAUCUACCUGCUUCUUAUUCCCCUGCCCCCUCUUCUAGUAAGAGCGCCAACUGCCGCACCACAGCAGGAGUCCCCUGUUCACCUCCCAACUCCCCCCCUCCAUCUCCUUAUCUUCAAGGGUCAUAUCGGGACCCCUACGGCGGCUCUGGGGGAAGCUACACCUCUCAGAAGGAGAGAGACGGGCUGCUGCUUGGUGCUGAAGCUCUUGACUCUGCGUCUGCGGUGCCUACCAAUCUUUCGGCUCUGACCUACCUGGAGCGGGUGGAGGAGUACCACCAGCGCUACGCCUACAUGAAGUCCUGGGCUGGCCUGCUGAGGAUCCUGGGCUGUGUGGAGCUGCUGCUGGGAGCUGCUGUGUUUGCCUGCGUCUGUGCUUAUGUUCAUAAGGACAACGAGUGGUUCAAUAUGUAUGGAUACUCCCAGCCACAGAUGUUUGGGGGGCUGGGUGGAGGUGCCAGUGCUUAUGGACAUGGUGAUGGUUACUACACAGGCCCCAAAACACCUUUUGUCCUAGUGGUGGCUGGUCUAGCGUGGAUAGUGACUGUUAUUUUGCUCGUUCUUGGGAUGACAAUAUACUACAGAGCCAUACUUCUUGACUCUUCUUGGUGGCCAGUCACAGAGUGUUCCAUCAACCUUGUGUUGGGGGUGCUCUACUUAGCAGCAGGGAUAGUGUAUGUGAGGGACACCACUCGAGGGGGGCUGUGCAACAUGCCAGUCUUCAAUAAUGGAGUUAAUGGGGCAUUUUGUCGCACUGAAGCCGGCCAAACAGCAGCCAUGGUCUUCCUCUUCCUCACCAUGGCACUCUACUUCAUUGGUGCUGGAGUGUGUCUAAAGCUGUGGAGACAUGAGGCAGCCAGGAUGAAGAAGGAAGGUCUCGCACACGAGAUGAAAACCAUUGGAUCAUCAGUCCCUCUCUCCAUACUGGGUCCAGCCUCCAGAGCCUCGGAGCAGACCCCGUUGCCCACCCUCCAGCCUGACAUCAUGGACAACUCUUCAGCUGCUCCUCUGAUGGCACUGGAGCCAGAGUUCCUCAGAGGUCACAUUCCAGCUGGACACAUCCCCAAACCUGUCAUCAUAGCCGACUAUGUUGCGAAGUACCCCGCUAUCCGCUCAGAGGAGGAGAGGGACCAGUACAAGGCUGUGUUCAACGACCAGUACGCCGAGUACAAGGAGCUGCAUGCUGAGGUGCAGGCCAUGGCCAGGAGGUUUGGAGAGAUGGACGAGAUGAUGCACAAUCUCCCCUCCAGGCCUUCCAGCCAAAUGGAGAAGGAGCGGAUCAGUAACAUUGUAAUGGAGUAUCAGAAAAAGAAAGCUGAUCCAACAUAUUUGGAAAAAAGAGAGAGGUGUGAGUACUUGAAGAAAAAGCUCUCUCAUAUCAAACAAAAGAUUCAGGAGUAUAACAAGGUCAUGGACUGGAGCGAUAGCAACUAAACACUGAAGUCAUGAAGACAACGUGCUCUGUUGCACAAAACUGAGGGGACUGAGGUGGGAACGGUGUCUGGACAUGGUGAAAAAUCCCUCAUUGUGCCCACACCUUCUUAUCCACGAGCCAUUAUCACAUUAGAACAGGUGGACCUACAGUCAAUGUCUUUUAGAAAGAGUUGUGUACUGCAAUGAAAAGCCUCACAAAAAGUGAGACAUUCAGUAUUCAGAGAGCUGUGAUGGACCAGGUGUAACCUACAGUAUAUACCUGAUAUUAUAUUUACCUACACAGCAACCCAGAUGCAGAUCACGUUUUUUAAUGAAGAUUCAUGGAAAUAUGCUUUGUUGUGCCAUUUUGGGGAAUCAGCUAUAGCCUCUUUAAAGAAAACCACCAAAGCCUCUUUCUUAAUGUUGUUAAUGUUGAUAUACACAGUUCAUUGUUUGGGCCAUAACUCAAGAAUUAAAUUAAGUAGUAUAAAAUGGGACGAAUGUAAUCUGUUAAAUUACUGGUUGGCGGAGGAAUACAAUCGCAAGCUGGUGAUCAUAGCCAAAUGUGCAAAGAAUUAUCCGAGUGUGGGUAAGAGGAAAAUCAAGCACGUUUUGGGGUCUUACAAUGGCAUAGACACUCUGUAGAUAAAUCUCAUGGGGAAGUUGAUUGUUAAUGCUGACUCAAUGAUUGUAUAAGUCGUAGUAGCAGCAGUUUUUUGUUCAACUGAUUAGUUUUGAUCACAUAGGAUAGGAUUCUUUAUGAACUACAUGUGUGACACUGCAGAGGGUUAAGCUGCUUGCCAUUAUGGUCUGUGUAUUAUGUUACUGCUUUUAUAUUGCAUUCAUUCUGUCCAUUAUUCUUCUCUCAAACGGUUAGGCCCAAUGUAAACUUUGACUAAAAGUUUGAAUGUAUGAAUGGUCUCUCGUACAGUAACUGUUACCAAAAUCACCAUUUUGAACAUAACAGAUGUAUUUUUUUAUCGUUUUAAUCAUAACUUGGUAAACUUUUUGUACAUUUAUAUGUUCGAUUGAUCUGCAUAUGUGAUUGUUUUGUACCAUAUAUUAAGUCCUACUGCUUUAUGCCAAUGAAGUACCUUUAAACAGUGUGUAUAUCUUCUCUUUUUUUUCAGUGCAAACUUCUGCAAAAUCUGUCAUUCAAUGUUUAAGUAGUGGCAGAAGCCAUGAAUAGGGAGCGCCAAAAAGGGGUACAAUAAGAGCAUUGUUAUAUUUUCAUAAAUUGUGUUUUCAUGUAUUGCUA